UCAGGUAUUCUACAUUGCCAAGUUUCGGUAAAAUUUUGGCAUUGUAUUUGUAUAAGUGUAUGUAUGUUAGUUUAACAAUAAUUCUUCAGCCACUCGGCACAUUGCAAUUCAAAGCAUAAAUAUUUAGUUGAAAUUUGUACGUGUUUGGCAUAAUUUUGAGCGAGUUUCAAAUACGGAAACUUUUUUGAAUCACUUGCCGAGGCGUAAAUUAGUUUCUCAAAUCAUGCUGAGGCGUUCUUUAAAAUGACGAAUAUCGCUUGCACCGAUAUGAAUAACAGCAUUGCCACAGUGGAGGUGUGUCGUUUGAAAGCUGUAAAACGUGAUGUAGUUGAAGCGACGGUUAAAUUUCGUUUACUACAAAAGUUGGAACGUUUUAACUUGCAUGUGAAAUUGCUACGAAAAUACAACACCUACGAGCCGUUUAUCAUUAACGGCACGGUCGAUGUAUGCGCCUUCUUCAGAAAUAAAGGAAAAUCGCCUUUAAGGGUGUUAUACAAAUUAAUAGAGAAAUUUACAAAUACGAAUCACUCGUGUCCAUUCGAGCACGAGAUCUUCAUUAAUCGUUUCAGACCCGAGCAUGAGAACUUGAUUAUUAAUCUACCAACUGGUGAAUAUUUGAUUUUAUUUGGCUUCUAUGUGCCGAAAAAUUUAUUGGGUUAUUUGAGAGUGUGGUUUACUUUCCGGGAGGUGUAACUUUUCAAAAAUAAAAAAAAUAUACGAAUAAAUUUAAGAAAACAAUGG